CCUUUAUACCUACUUUUCUCUUUUCUAUUUACACCCCCCCGCCCCUCUCUCCCUCUCUCUCACUCACUUACUCUUUCGCACAAAUGGUAAAAGACGAAGAACCUUCAAACAAAUUCAACCAAGAAAACUCCGUUAAUGACUUCGAUGCAAAAGGUUACAGUCUCAGCGGCAAGGUCAUGCUCUGCGCCAUAAUCAUUCUCUUCUUCGUCGUCGUUUUAAUGUUUUGUCUUCAUAUUUACGCUCGCUGGUACCUCCUCCGUUCUCGCCGCCGACGCCGCCUUCUCCGCCGUCGUACUCAGCUAGUUUUCUUCACCGACAGCCCUACAACCUCAGUCUCCGUCGUAACUUCCAGCGGACUCGACGCCGCCGUCAUCGCCUCGCUCCCCUUGUUCUUCUACGAUCCGAAUACUCAUCCGGAAAAUGCUGCGGAAUGCGCAGUUUGUUUGUCGGAGUUUGAACCCGGUGAAUCGGGUCGGGUUUUGCCCAAAUGUGAUCACGCUUUUCAUACCGAAUGUAUUGACAUGUGGUUUCAUUCUCAUUCCACGUGUCCACUUUGUCGCGCACCCGUGGAGCCCACACCCGAUUCGCAAACCCGGCCCGAAAUUGUUCUAAAGAUUUGCGAACCGGAAACCGGUUCAAGUUCGAGUUCGGUUGGGUUGAGGAGAAAGCCGUCUUUUGUGGGCGUGACAGUUGAUGUUCCGGUUAGGGACGAAUCGUGUAUUGACUCGCCUUCUUCGACUCAGUCGUCGUUUCGAUCGCCGAUGAGUCGAAUGAUGUCGUUGAAGAGGAUUCUUAGUAGAGAAUGGAAAGGAAGCGUUUCUCCGUCGUCGUGCGGUGGUAGUGGUGGUGGUUGUAGCUCGGUGGUUGAAUUGAAGGUAGAACAAGGUGGACGAGAUGAGACAGUGAGUUAGCGAGUUGAGAUGACUCGGAGGUUCUGACGUGGCGGUUUUUAAACCCGAAACGCGGGUAAAGCGGUGGGUGGCGCGUGAGUGUGAAUAUGAGAAGCAGUUGGAAAUUACAAAGAAUGUUGAUAUUUUUUUAUUUGUUUAAUUGUUGUUUAUUGUUAUGUUUGAAAGAUGGUAGAAUAGUACAGCAAGAAAAUUGCGCUGUCGUUGUUAUUCUUGGACUACGAGGUGUGAACAACCAGAUAAGUCAAAUGUUUAGAGUGUAGAUUUGAUAGGGGGAUAAUAUAGUAUUUUAACUAGUUAAGACUCGUUUUGGUUCAUGAUAAGAAUCUGGCAUGCAAUUUGGUCUUAAGGAAUAUAUGAAUUUUUAUUUAAAUAAUAAAGACUUAAAUUCAUUUUUAGUA